AGGUGGAAAAAAAAAAUCUCACCUAAAAGACAUAGUUCAGUAUAUCUUUCUUCCUUUUAAUAUAAGAGAAUGGCUAAGCAAUUACUUCAAAUCAGUUGUUUUUCCACAUGGUUUUGUCUCUGCAGUCAUGAUCCAAAGACUGGCACAGUGCCCAGAUCCCCAACAUCAUGGAAUAAGAUUCUGUGUUAUAGAGCAGAACCCUACACUCCCUUACGCCACACAGAGCUUGGAGAGUCAUUUACCCAGGACAUCAAAUUGGAUUAUUGAUGUUAAAAGGUGUUAUCCAGCCUCAGACACUUGACACUUACUAGCUGUGUGACCCUGGGCAAGUCACUUAACCCUCAUUGCCCCACCAAAAAACAAAACAACAACAACAACAACAAAAGUGAUAUCAAACCAAAGUAACACACAGUCUGAUAAAGGGUAUACAAGGUAGAUAAAUACACACCUAAUCAUGUGAAACAACUCCAGGACUUCAAAAUGCUACAAUAACCCAUCAGAACAGCUUUUAGAGACUGCUAUACCAUGUUCAUACCUUCUGUGUCUUUGGUUUUGACAAAAGCCCAAUUGAAGGUAAGAUUAAAAAACAGAACAUCAUCUUCCACAAACCCACGAGUCAAAAGUCUCCCAGACCAACAACCUCUUAAGAGAAUACUAGAAUCAAUAUUUGUCCAUCUGCAAGGGAAUAAUGCCCGUCAGCUUGCCUGAAGUGGUUCCUAGACUUGUUUGUAGAAGUAAAAACUUAAAGAGGAAAGCCAAUUAGCUAACAAAAAAUAAAGGGGGGGGGGAAGUGGUCUAGAAAUACUAGACAUUAUUACUGAAGCAAUAGAAAUAUCGUUCCCUGUAUGGUUUGUCUCCUCAGUCACAGUCCAAAGACCCUGAGAAGGUUUAGACAUAUACAGAAGCAGAGUCUGGCUUGCCAAGCCAACGUUGUGGGGGGGGAAAAGAGCAAAAAUGCAGUCCCUGCCUUAAAGGAGGUCACAUUCUAAUGGAAUUAACACCCCAAGGCUCCCUCUUGCCCCCGUCUUCAGACCCGAGCGAAUGAAUCAUCUAGUCGUAACCUUCAGCAUCCACAGCCGCCGAUUUCCUAGAGAGAACAUCAGUAAUAGGAAGUCCGCGUCCACGUGCUUCCGGUGCGGCCAUGGUGCUUUCUGGGGUGGGGAAAGCGCGCAGGAUCCCGAAAUUCCCCCUCCCUUUCUUUUAGUGAGUCGGAUGGGCUCCGAGGACCGGGAGGGAUGGAUGGCAGGAAGCCCUUCUCCACUUCAGCGUCUCUUGCCCUCUUGGUCUAGGAGACUGAAGACCCGAGCGAAUUAACCAUCGAGUCGCACCCUUCAGCAUCCACGGCUGCUACUUCCUAGAGAGAACAUCAGUAACAGGAAGUCCGCGUCCACAUGCUUCCGGUGCGGCCAUGGUGCUUUCUGGGGUGGGGAAGGCGCACAGGAUCCUGAAACUCCCCCUCCUUCUCUUUCGGUGAGUCGGAUGGGCUCCGAGGAUCGGGAGGGAUGGAUGGCAGGAAGCUCUCCUCCACAUCGGCAUCUCUUGCCCCCUUAGUCUAGGAGACCGAAGGGCCAUACUGCCAGUGAAGAGACCAGAGAAAUAGGAAUGAUCAAGAGCGUGGCGAUGAAUGGAAGAGCAAGAACCAAUUUCAUCGUGGAGACCUCUUCCUGCUCCCUAGAUACCUGCCUUUCCCAAAGAGAGGAUCCAAGAAGACCAGGUGAUGGUUGCCAUGCCUCUGAUGGCCAUGGUCCCUAUGGAUUGUGGUUCCCCUUGACCUUCCUAAGAUCCUGUCCUUUGCUCCCAAGUGUGACUGUAGCAUAUUUCCUCAUCCUGAGCUUUCUCAGUUUAAUAACAGCCCACCCCGGGACUAAUUGAUCGGGUCAUCCCUGGGAUAGCAAGAACAUGUUUCAAGAGUUGGUGACGUUUGAAGAUGUGGCUGUGUACUUCACCCAGAAGGAAUGGGCAGAUCUGGCCCCAGCUCAAAGGGCCCUUUACAGGGAUGUGAUGUUGGAGAAUUAUGGGAACCUAGCUUCCUUGGCAAAACUUCCAUUUCCGAAACCUGCUGUGAUCUCCCAUCUAGAAGGAAGGGAAGGACCAUGGGAGCUGGAUUUGCUGGGAACUUUGGGGAGAGAGAGCCUAAGAAGUAUAUGCACAGGCGAGAACCUGCCAGAAUUCCAGACAGCAGCUGUGAAUGAUGAAAUAACUCCAAAGCAGGAAAUUUCCAAAGAACCAAAAUUACAGGAAAUAAGAGCUAAAGGACUCCAAAGAAAUAUUUUGCUGGCACCUGAAUUUGAAAAAACCUGUGAGUGGGAGGGAAGAUUAAAAGGGCUGCAAAGAAAGGAACAAUGGAAGAAAGCAAGGAAAGAAGAAAGAGAUUUCAUACAUUGCAUAGUUAAGGAUAAGAAGACCCCCAACAAAAAAAGGGAUCAGAGAUGUGAGGCAUUUGAGGAAGACUUUAAUUCCAGUUCUAAUCUUACUAUAAAUCAAAGAAUUUCUAGUCAGAGAGGCUACAGAUAUGAAGCAUGUGGAACACAGUUCAACCAGAGUCUUCAUCUUGUCAGCCAUAAAAAAAAUCACAGUAGCAGGCAUCCAUAUAAAUGUAAUGAUUGUGGGACACUCUUCAAUUGCUGGUCGCGACUGCUAGUGCAUCAGAGAAUGCACACUGGGGAGAAGCCCUAUAAGUGUAGUGAGUGUGACAAAGCUUUCACUUAUAAGAGCAGUCUUAUUGAUCAUCAGAGGAUCCACACUGCAGAAAACCCAUAUGAAUGUAAUGAUUGUGGGAAGACUUUCUUUUUGAGGAAAAGUUUUAUAGCGCAUCAGAAGGUCCACAACAGAGAGAAAGCAUGUAAAUGUAAUGAGUGUGAUAAAGUCUUUAGUUGCAGAUCAAAACUUCUGGCACAUCAGUGGGUCCACACUGGAGAGAAACCAUACAAAUGUGGUGAUUGUGACAAAACCUUCACUAGUAAGAGAAACCUUCGUGAUCAUCGAACAGUCCACACUGGUGAAAAACCCUAUCAGUGUAAUGAGUGUGGAGAAUUUUUCAAAAGUAGUUCAGUUCUUACUUGCCAUCAAAGGAUCCAUACAGGGGAAAAGCCUUAUGAAUGUAAGGAGUGUAACAAAGUCUUUGCUACCAAGAGAAACCUUGCUAAUCAUCAGAGAAUCCACACUGGGGGAGAACCCUAUAAAUGUAAUGAUUGUGGGAAAUGUUUCAUUUUGAAGAAUAGUUUUAUGGGCCACCAGAGACAACAUAGUAGAGAGAAAUCUUAUAAAUGUAAUGAGUGUGAAAAGGCAUUCAAUUACAAAUCUAGUCUUUUGAUACAUCAGCGAGCCCACACUGGGGAGAAGCCCUAUGAAUGUAAUGACUGUGACAAAGCCUUUGCUAAUAAGAGCAACUUUGUUGAUCAUCAAAGAAUCCACACUAGGGAAAAUCCUUACAAAUGUAGUGAUUGUGGGAUAGUGUACUUUUUGAGGAAAAGUUUCAUUAGACAUCAGAGACUACACAAUAAAGAUAAAUCUUACAAAUGUAAUGAAUGUGAGAAAAUAUUUAGUUAUAGAUCCAAACUUCUUGUACAUCAGCGAAUUCACACAGGAGAGAAAGCUUUCAAAUGUAGUGAUUGUGGCAAAGCCUUUACUCGUAAGAACAAUCUCACUGAUCAUCAGAGAAUACACACUGGAGAGAAACCCUUUAAAUGUAAGGAGUGUGGGAAGACUUUUAAACGUAGCUCAAUUCUUACUUGCCAUAAGAGGAUCCACACUGGAGAGAAACCUUUUAAGUGUAAUAACUGUAGAAAAGCCUUUGCUACUAAAGCAAAUCUUAUUGGUCAUCAGAGAGUUCAUACCACAAUAAAGCCAUAUGAAUGUAUUCAUUGUGGAAAAGCCUUUAGAUAUAAGCAAAACCUUACUGUACAUCAGAAAAUCCACACAAGGGAAAAAACACUUUAAAAUAUCGUGAAUAGGGGCAGCUAGGUGGCGCAGUGGAUAGAGCACCGGCCCUGGAUUCAGGAGUACCUGAGUUCAAAUCUGA